AAAAACAAAAGCAAGUCGAAACCCUACAAAAACACGACUCUCUCUCUCUCUCUCUCUCUCUUUCUCUCUCUGGUUGACGAACGAAGCAGAAGCAGAAGCAGAAGCACAGAAAGCAGCAGAAGAAGGCGAUCAUGGCGCUCGCUUCUCGCCUCGUUUCCAAGUCCCGGCAGUUAUGCGGUACUCAGACAAUUUUGCUGCGGGAGCAUGCUGUCCCUGUCCGCUUCUUUGCCAAAGAAGCUGCUCCUGCUGCCCUCAAGGGAGACGAGAUGUUGAAGAAUAUCUUUCUGGAGGUCAAGAAGAAGUUUGAGACCGCCAUUGGAGUUCUCAGGAAGGAAAAAAUUACCAUUGCUCCUGAAGAUCCAGCUGCAGUGGCUCAGUACGCGAAGGUCAUGAAGACAGUAAGAGAGAAGGCAGACUUGUUCUCAGAAUCACAAAGGAUCCAAUACACAAUUCAGACACGUACGCAGGACAUACCAGAUGCCCGUACAUAUCUUCUGACUUUGAAGGAGAUUCGGAUCAAGAGAGGUCUUACUGAUGACCUUGGCGCAGAGGCAAUGAUGAUGGAUGCAUUGGAGAAAGUUGAAAAGGAAAUUAAGAAGCCCCUUAUGAGAAAUGACAAGAAAGGAAUGGCUCUUCUCAUGGCAGAGUUUGAUAAGGUCAAUAAGAAGCUUGGAAUCCAAAGGGAAGAUCUGCCAAAGUAUGAGGAGCAGUUGGAACUUAAAAUUGCCAAAGCACAAUUGGAGGAGUUGAAGAAAGAUGCUCUUGAAGCUAUGGAAACUCAGAAGAAGAGGGAAGAAUUUAAGGAUGAGGAAAUGGUUGAUGUGAAGUCCUUGGAUGUCAGAAACUUCAUCUGAGACAAGAUUCUGUUCAAAUGGUUGAUCAAUUGUUGAAAGAAUGGAGAAGGAAGUUAGUUUGACAAUACUUUUGCUUCUCCUUGUUUUCUUCAAUAAAGUAAUUGAAUGGAAAAUGCUAUCCAGUGACUGAGAUUAUAUGCUGUUUUCCUCCAAUCACAUAUGGCAAUGUCGCAAGGAUGGAGCAUUUCUUAUUUUGUGAAUGCACUUUUAUACUUGCUGGAGGUUUUUCCCUCGAGUCUGGCUUGCAUUAGAUUGGAAGACUUCUAAUGUUGACCGAUAACGACGACUGUAUUUGUGCUGAGUUCAUAAACAGUGGCUCCUUGAUAUGUUAUUGUUGGGCACAUUGGGGCGCAUGUGCACCCAUCCCGCUUUGAGUUAUUGGAUCUUCGGAUCAUGUCAUGUGGGCAAAACAGAAAAUAAUAAUAAUUCAGAUGCUGAGAUGUACUGUACUCUGCAUCAGUGCACCUCGGGAUCUUUUUCCCCUCGGAUA